GAUUUUCAUAGCAGCAAUUUUUCUAAUCGACAUUUUUACCUAAUAUUCAGGUACCCGGACUUUCAUUUGUGCAAUCACCGAAAAAUUUAAAAGUAAAGUAACCGGCUUCCUAUAGGCCUUCAUAUGAAGCGGAAGUACCAUUAUCCAAACGUCACAAAUGUGGCACAGAUUCUGGUGGAUCGAAACUACAGCGAUAUAGAGCAGAUUGUGAAGAACCGAUUGAAAACUGCCCCACAGUUUGUUGACAAAAUUGAAUUGGAAGCAGAAUUGAAAGGACACAAUGGCUGCGUUAACUGUCUUGAAUGGAGUGAAGAUGGCCGAAUAUUGGCAUCCGCUUCAGACGAUUAUCAUGUAAUGCUGUGGGAUCCAUUCAACCACAGGCGGCUGUAUGAUUUGGCCACACCACACGAUGGAAACAUUUUUUCUGUUAAAUUUCUUCACAAGAGAAAUAAUAAUAAACUAGUGACGGGUGCAGGCGACUACCGGACGUUUGUGUUUGAUAUCAAUCGGGGCAACGACUUCCCAAUACGGAAGUGCAGCUGCCACGCACAGAGGGUCAAGCGGCUGGCCACAUCGUCGAAGCACGUACAUCUCUUUUGGUCGUCUGCGGAGGAUGGUAAAGUUCUGCAGCAUGAUAUGCGAACGCCACACACCUGUCGGGCCGACGAUGCCAACGUGCUGAUUAAUUUGCGAAAUCAUAUUAACGAGAUGCCUGAGGUCAAGUGCAUUACCAUCAAUCCCCAGAAACCAGAGCUGAUGGCGAUUGGGGCCAAUGAUUGCUAUGCUCGGGUUUACGACCGCCGAAUGAUGUCGUUGAUGAAGCUUACCGCCAAUACGGAUCUAAAGCCGAACGCAAAUAACACCGAUAACGUUCCGCGGGAUGGCUGCGUGCAGUACUAUUGUCCGGGUCAUUUAAGAAAAAACAAGGACACUGUGUAUUCGUUUUUAAACCAGAAAGCCAUUACCUAUCUGACUUUCAGUCCGGACGGGAAUGAGCUGCUUGUAAACAUGGGUUCUGAACAGAUUUAUCUAUACGAUUUGAACCGUCCGAGGGAACCAAUGUUUUUGCAAUUGCCGAAAUUUACUGAGCCCAUGAAUGGGACAAAUGGUACGACUACAAACGUAGAAAAAGGUAGACAUAAACUACCGCCAGAUGUAGAAAAAAUGAAAAAAGAAGGCAAUGCCAAUUUGGAGAAAGAAAAGUACCAACAAGCCAUUCAGCAAUACACUAUGGCUAUUCGAAAAGCACAGGAAAAGGAUUGUUCAGUUCUUUAUUUGAACAGAGCUACGGCGCUCAUGAAGAGAAAUUGGUAUGGCGACGUAUAUGCUGCCGUCCGUGACUGUCAUCGUGCACUGCGUCUCGAUCCGCACUACGUGAAAGCUCACUUCCGGCUCGCCCGGGCUCUGCUCAAACUAGGACAACUUACUAAUGCUUCGGCCUGCUUGGCCGAACUAGUACAACGGUUUCCGUCUUAUGCAAAAAAUCACGGUGUUUUGAUGCUGGACAAGGACAUCGAGACGGAAAUGGAAAAGCAACGGCAGAGACAACGGGAACGCACACUGGACUCGGAAACGGAUCAGUUCUCCGACAAUGAACUGGUAUUAGGGACAAUUUGCUGUAUUGUUUUUAUUUAUUAUUAUCGUUUUUGUUCUCAGAUUUGGCGUGCGGCUGCGCUCGAUUAUGAAGAUAGAUUUGUGGGGCAUUGCAAUACGAAAACGGACAUCAAGGAAGCGAAUUUUUUCGGUGACUCGAACUACAUUGUGGCAGGAUCUGAUGAUGGCAAUUUCUUUAUCUGGGAGAGGGAUAGCGGAAUGAUUGCUUCUAUCUAUCAAGCAGAUGAAAUGAUAGUUAACUGUGUCCAGCCGCAUCCUUACGUGUGCAUGCUAGCGACCAGUGGGAUUGAUCACGAAGUCCGCCUCUGGUCGCCACAAGCUUCCGAGUCCCAACCGAAGCAUAGAGUGGACGAGAUUGUCGGUACGGUCAACGAGAAUCAAAACCGAAUGCAAUGCGACCCGUUUGAUUCGUUAGCUCCUGAUCAGGCGAUGUGCAGAGCUAGUUAGCUUCCGUUGGUGCGAUUUGCGGUCAACAUCGUAUAUGUGAUUGAAAGUAGAAUUAAUAAGUUAUUUGGUAGAAUACAUUUUUUAUAGCUGGUCAGGCUGCAAUGCAUCAUGUGGCGAGUAUCAUACAAAAUUAAUAGUCGUGAAACUAGACGAAACUCAAUGCAUAAAACCAUUGUUCACACAAGAAAUGAUGUUACUAAGAAAAUAAUGCAUAUUUCCUCAAAGCUUUUGUUUGAAUAAGCAGAACUUUAUACUGCGCUGAAUUAGUUGGACGCAGUGGAAAAUGCUAUGUGGUUUGUUUUCGUUUUUACCUCGAAACUUAGAUGCUCCACAUGGGUCACACUAUAGAAGGCACGAACUGUAACAAUAUAAAAAUGUUAUAAAAUAA